ACUACCUGGAUCGGCGGACCGCGUUACAGAUACGUGUUUUUUGUUGUCCCAACAGGAUCGUGUCGGGUUUCUUCUGAUCUGAGUACAAUUUUUUUUUAUUUUAGUAAAAUCCUGCUGGAGAGCUUCCUUUUUUUAAAAAAAAAAAAUAUCUAUAAAUGGGGAUUUUUUCCAUUUAAUAUUUGUUGAUAGUCAGUACAAAUUUUUAUACAUAUUUUUUUUGCCAUAAACACUUACUAUAUGUGGAUUACGAAAUAUUUUGGAUAGUACUACCGUUCCGGAUGAAGAUUGGAUUCUGUGUUUAGAUUCCUCGUAUCUGGAUCAAUUUCUAAUGGAUAUAAGGAGUUAAAAUAGCCUGUUUUAUUCUGAAAUAUAUCUAGAAUGAGAAGAUUCUUGUAAGAAUAUGUGCCAAUCUGAUUGCAAAGAAUAUAGACUUUUCAAAUAUUUACAUGGAGGGAUUCAAGAAAUUUUACAGAAAUGUUGAAUAGCUCUAUGAGAAAUAAAUCGUCUGGUGUUGGCAGCUUGUGUCGUAUGUAGAAGAGUGGAAGAGGGGGGACAUGUCCUCCCCUGUCGAGCAGCUGCGGCAGGCCGCGGCAACGGGGAACUUGGACCAAGUGCGGGCACUUCUCAAGGCCGGAGUCAAAGCGGAUCCAGAUUUGGAAGGUAGAACUGCUCUUCAUUUAGCUUCAGCUAACGGACAUGCAGCAGUUGUUAAAGCUUUAAUAGAAGGUGGUGCCAAAAUUAAUGCGUUAGAUGCCGCUGGCUACAGUCCUCUGCACCAGGCGGCCACCGAAGGUCAUGAAGAAGUUGUGAAGCUCCUGCUUAAGAAUGGAUGCCAUGUCGAUACUCAGGACGAACUGCAUGGCAAUACAGCUCUCCACGAAGCAGCUUGGAAAGGUUUCAGUCGAACUGUAGAAAUUCUUUGCAAAAACAGAGCCAACUUCUAUAUAAAAAAUAAUGGUGGAUUCACGCCAUUACAUCUUUCCUGUCAAAAUGGCCACAAUCAGUGCUGCAGAAAUUUACUUUUGGCGGCUUGUAAACCGGACGUCAGGAACAGUCAGUAUGGUGAUACACCACUUCACACAGCAGCAAGAUAUGGCCAUGCUGGGGUGCUAAGAAUUCUAAUUAGCGCUUUCUGCAAUGUUAACGAGAAAAACAAAAAUGGAGAUACGGCUCUUCAUGUUUCUGUUGCAAUGGGAAGAAGUAAGCUGACACGUAUUCUUUUGGAAGCAGGAUGCGAUCAACAAAUAAGAAAUCAUCAAGGUGAAAUGGCACGUGAUAUUGCAGAGAGAAAAGAAUUCACGGAACUGGUAAAAUUAUUGGAUAACCCUCCUGUGACUUUGAUCCAUGUGGAACAACAGCAAACUAAAAAGAUUUCGAAGUCAUCAUCUAAGAAAAGAGAAAAGGACAGCCACACAUCGCAAGAAAGUGGCGAGAAGGAUAAGAAAGAUAAACACAAAAAAAGUAAGAAACAUCAUCACAAGGUUCAUUUUUCUGACAAGGAAAAGAAAGGUAAUGUUAGUCCGUAUGGAUGUCACAUGUAUCCAGAUAUGAAUUACUUUCCAACACUUAAGCUGAAGUCACUCCCACAAGAGCCUCUGAAAUCAGGAGAACAGUAUUAUGCUGAUCUGGCUGGAAAUAUUAAGAAGGGUCCGAGAGGGCUUGGAUACAUGUGCUAUUGUGCCCCAUUUUUUAAUCAUGUAGAGAAAAAACUGGAUGCCAAUAAGAAAGAGCUUUUUGAUCAUAUCGAUAGUAGAAAUGAAGAUCUGAAGGCGAAAAUAAAUCAUCUUGAGCAAAGGACUCAUGAUCAGCUAUUUAGCUUAAACCAAAAAAUGAAAGAAAGCUUAGCAUUGGAGCGAAGCGAAUGUGCAGAGCGUAUAGACAGAAGGCUUUUCAGAGAACGGCGUGAACUAGAGCAGCAACAAGAAACAAACUUACGGAAACUACAAUCAGAAAUGAAGUCUAUGUUAGGAAAAUCUCCAAAUGGAAGUAGAACAAAUGGACAUUGCGAGACACCUUUGGGAAAUGGUGCUAUGAACUACCAUAUUCAUAACGGGAACCAACCUUUAUUAAGGUCCAAAUCUGAAGAUCUACUCUCUGAAACAAACAGCAACCAUAACAGUGUGUCCCUUAUGUCCAGCACUGUUACUGGUGUUUCAAGAUUUACAAAUAACAGCAAUUAUCAAAGGACAUAUCUAAAUCCUGCACAGUGUGGAACAAAGCCAAAAGUCAUUAACAUAUCCAACAUUUCAUCCAAGAUGAGAUGCUUAGGAUAUCCAGAAUUGAAAAGCGAAAGUAGAAGUGAAGGUGAUUUGACCAGUUGUUAUACAGAAAAAAAUGAAUAUGACAUCAGAUCACCACCAGAUGGCAAUGUGAACUAUUCAGUGAAAUCUCCUUAUGGAACUGUUGUGGAGGACAGGCAACUACAAUGCAGCGCACAAGACCGAUGGAAUGCAAAUAAUGUUGGAGGUGGAGUUUUAUGGAAGAACACACAAUAUAAUAAAUUUUCAGGUGCUUUACCGGAUAAUAAACCUGUAUUUCCACCAGAUGCAGCAAAAAGUCCAAGCAGUUAUGUCACAGCUCGACCUACAUAUUGUACAAAUCAUAAUCAUGACCAAAAUAGACUUCAUAUCACAGAUAAUUCACAAAAUGAUCACAAGAGCCAAAUUAGGACUCCUGCAAAUGGUUUACAAUCCACAUUAAGGGAUGGUGUUUCUUUAUCUAGCAAUCAAAAUGGGAAUUCAAGUGAAAGGAGUCCUGUGCUCCCUGCAGGGUUAGAAAAUGAUGGAUCUAGUUUUGUUUGAAAAUACCAUUUUGUACAGAAAAAUAAAUUAUUUUUUUUACAUUA